ACUACUGGAAAGUCGUAAAAAAACAAUCGUGAAUCGUAAACUAACUGAUAAGCAUAAAAACAUUGCUAUAAUUAACUUUCUACUGUUUAUAAUUACAUUACAAUUACUUACGUGUACAAAGAUGGAGUAUACUAACAAGAAUUUUCCACCCUUAAAAAAUGAUAGGUUGCUAAAAGCAGCAUGUGGUAAGGAAGUUGAUAAAGUUCCUGUAUGGGUAAUGCGACAAGCUGGGCGAUAUUUACCAGAAUUUCAAGCUGUAAGAGCUAAACAUGACUUUUUUACUGUUUGUCGGACACCUGAACUUGCUUGUGAAGUUACACUUCAGCCAUUGAGACGUUAUGAACACUUAGAUGCAUCAAUCAUUUUCAGUGAUAUUCUUGUCAUACCACAAGCAUUAGGUAUGACUGUGGAAAUGCAUCCUGGUGUGGGUCCUGUCUUCCCUCAACCUCUCCAGAAUGUAUCGGAGAUAGAUGGACUUAAAGAGGAAGGUGCUGUAUCAAGACUUACAUAUGUAGGUGAUGCAAUUACUUUGACUCGGCACAAAAUUGAAGGAAAAGUGCCUUUGAUUGGUUUUACCGGAGCACCAUUCACUUUAAUGGGAUACAUGAUAGAAGGUGGUGGAAGUAAAACCAUGUCUAAAACAAAGGACUGGUUAGAAAAAUAUUCUAAAGAUGUUCAUAAACUACUUAGUUUAUUAACUCGAGUUAUUGUGGACUAUUUAGUCAUGCAGGUGGAAAGUGGAGCUCAAUUGCUUCAAGUUUUUGAAUCAAGUGCAGACCACCUCACAAGAGAACAAUUCAAUGAAUUUUCAGCACCAUACUUAAAAGAUAUCAGAAUAGGUGUCCAAAAGAAAUUGGAAGAAAAAAAUAUAGAGCAAGUCCCUAUGACAGUGUUCGCAAAAGGCGGUGGACAUUCCUUAGAUAUACAAGCCCAAAUGGGAUAUGAGACUAUUGGAUUAGACUGGACUGUAGAUCCCAUUGAAGCCAGAAAAAUUGUAGGUAGCCAUAUUACACUGCAGGGAAAUCUGGAUCCACAAGAUUUAUACAAAACACCUGAGGAAAUUAAGAAAUUAACUAUCGAUAUGGUUCAAAAAUUUGGUAAACAUAGAUAUAUUGCAAAUUUAGGUCAUGGCAUAACACCACAGACUCCUCUGGAGAGUAUGUCUGCGUUCACAGAAUCUGUACAUGAAGCUAUAUAGUCUUCUAAAGGGGAUGUUUUAUUAUUGUUAUUUGUUUUAUUUGUGGGAAUAAAAGGUCACUUUUAUGGUACUUGUUUAAUGGAUUGUUACAAUUAUAAACUUACAAUUAUGUGGUUAAAAUUAAUAUAUGUUUACAUUGAAUAAGCA